CUGACGCGCGAUGACGUCACGCCUUGCGUCAGCGGCGCGUAAAAGUUGUGUUGACAGAGAGGCGAGCAGCAUUUGUCGCGGAACAGCCGCAGUCGCCGCCGAAUGGACUAAAAAAAAAAAAAAAACCCACCGCGAUUAAUUCAGCCAACGCCUUGGGGAAAGAAGCAAAAAAACAACAACCCCCUUGCUUGAACGUCCCGACGAACGACGUUAUGGCCGACGAGCAGUCCUCGCAGUCCUGGUCCAUCGACCGGGAGGACUACGUUCUCAACGAGGUGAUCGGCAGCGGAGCCACGGCGGUGGUCCAAGCAGCCUACUGCAAGCCCAGAAAGGAGAAGGUGGCCAUAAAACGCAUCAACCUUGAAAAAUGCCAGACGAGCAUGGAUGAGCUGCUGAAGGAGAUCCAAGCAAUGAGCCAGUGUCACCACCCUAACAUCGUCUCCUACUACACCUCCUUUGUGGUAAAGGAUGAACUGUGGCUGGUCAUGAAGCUGCUGAGCGGUGGCUCAGUCUUAGACAUCAUCAAACACAUCAUCUCACGUGGCGAGCACAAGUCCGGUGUUUUGGACGAGGCCUGCAUCGCCACCAUACUGAAGGAAGUGUUGGAAGGGCUGGAGUACCUUCACAAAAAUGGACAAAUUCACCGUGAUCUUAAGGCUGGAAAUAUCCUUCUUGGAAACGACGGCUCAGUCCAAAUUGCUGAUUUUGGUGUGAGUGCCUUUCUAGCGGCCGGUGGAGAUAUGACCCGGAACAAAGUCCGGAAGACGUUUGUGGGGACGCCGUGCUGGAUGGCUCCCGAGGUCAUGGAACAGGUCCGUGGCUACGACUUUAAAGCUGACAUCUGGAGUUUCGGGAUCACCGCCAUUGAGCUGGCCACCGGAGCGGCACCCUAUCACAAGUACCCACCGAUGAAGGUGCUGAUGCUGACUCUGCAGAACGACCCUCCCUGUCUGGAGACAGGCAUCACCGACAAAGAGAUGGUGAAGAAGUACGGCAAAUCCUUCAGGAAGAUGAUCACUCAGUGUUUACAAAAGGACCCUGAAAAAAGGCCAACGGCAGCUGAGUUACUGAAGCACAAAUUCUUCACAAAAGCUAAGAACAAUGAACACCUGCAGGAGAGGCUUUUACAUAAAGGUCCAUCAAUAUCAGAUCGAUCAAAGAAGGUGAGACGGGUGCCAGGGUCCAGCGGCCGACUCCACAAGACAGAGGAUGGCGGCUGGGAGUGGAGUGAUGACGAGCUGGAUGAGGAGAGCGAAGAAGGCAAAGCCGCUGUGGCGGCCCUGCGGUCGCCCAGAGUGAGGGACGGAUCCCAGACCAUGGAGAUUUUCCAGCCACCAGAUGGCUCCACGGGACACCUUCAGCCACCGGCUGCGGUCAAUGAGAACUUUGCUCCCGUGGGGCAAAGUGGCGAAGGCGUUCAAACUCAAGUCCCUGCACCAGCACCGACAGUGAGCCCCUCGCACGUACCCGCAACUCAGGAGCCCAAUAUAUCUGACGCCAGCGUUCCCAUCAGCCUGGUCCUCAGGUUGAGGAACCUCAAGAAGGAACUUAACGACAUUAGGUUUGAGUUCAUGUCUGGCAGAGAUUCUGCCGACGGAGUGUCUCAGGAGUUAGUUUCAGCUGGCUUGGUUGAUGGGAGGGAUUUAGUUAUUGUUGCCGCCAAUCUGCAAAAGAUUGUGGACGAUCCUCUCAAUAACAGAAAUGUCACUUUUAAGCUGGCCUCUGGCGUGGAGGAGUCCGAAAUCCCCGACGACAUCAAACUCAUCGGAUUUGCGCAGCUCAGCAUCAGCUAAGCGAAAAGGGGAGCGCAGCAAAAAGACAGCAUCCACCGGCAAUGCGCAGCCGCAUUCCGGUAAAUUUCUACGACGCCACUGCUGCCAAAGAUGACGACGACGAGACGUGAAGCUGGCAAGGAACGCGACAACUUCAGCAAAGACGGCGCGAGGACCACACGGAGAGGGGGGCUCAGUACAUCACAGGAACACACUUGAAACGUUUACAGUGCGCUUAUUCAUGGGAGAGGACAUGCGAUCAAUUAUAUCAAGUCAUAUUCCCCCAAUCUUCCCCCUGUCUUCAUUCAUAAGCACAACCCAAAACGUCUCCUGCCAGUACUGGAAAUGAUGCCUUCCCUCACCCCAAAGGCCACCUCCUCGUGUUUUUUUUUUUUAUUUUUUAUUUCGUACUCAAGCUGUGCCACAACAGUCGAGACUAAGUCGUGCCAUCUUAAAAAAAAAAAAAAAAAAUGACACUUUAUGCUACACUGAAUUUGACCAGUGAAAAUGAAGCCUUAGUUAUAAUACAAUUGCCUCCUUAUCAAAAAAAAAAAAAAUGAAUACCGUAUUUUUCAGAGUAUAAGUCGCUCCAUAGUAUAAGUCGCACCUGCCAAAAACGCAUAAUAAAGAAGGAAAACAAAACAUAUAAGUCGCACUGGAGUAUAAAUCGCAUUUUUUGGGGAAAUGUAUUUGAUAAAACCCAACACCAAGAAUAGUUUCAUGUCUUGGUGACAAUGUUUGGUUUUUGGAUUUUUGUCAGUUCCUGUUUUGUUUCCAUGACAACCCCAUUCAUUUUCACCUGUCCUCAUGUCAUGCACCGGAUUCUUUUUGACUCACGCACCUGUUAAUCACGUCACAACUAUUUAAGCUUGCAGUUGCCAGGCAGUCAGCCUGGCGACAUGACACUCUGAGUACUCUGUCCAGGUCAAAGUUCAUGCUGCUCUUUUCUUGCUACGUACGUUUUUUUUUGUUUAUUCAAGUCACAGUUCAGUGAGUUUUUUUAGUUCAUGUUCUCAUGUCCAUAGUUUGUUAUAGUAAUAGUUUUGUGUUUUCUUAGCCAAGUUUUGUACCUUUGCUGUGAGCGCCUUUUGUUUUCCCAGCAGAGGUACAAAACUUGGCCAAGAAAACAAAACUUACUAUGGACAUGAAACGUAAGUUUUGUUUAUUCAAGUCACAGUUUAGUGAGUUUUUUUUAGUUCAUGUUUUCAUGUCCAUAGUUUAUGUUAUAGUAAUAGUUUUGUGUUUUCUUAGCUAAGUUUUGUAAUUCUGUUGUGAGCGCCUUUUGUUUUCACAGCAGAGGUACAAAACUUGGCUAAGAAAACAGAAAACUAUUACUAUGGACAGGAAACGUACGUUUUUUUGGUUUAUUCAAGUCAGAGUUUAGUUUUUUUGUUCAUGUUUUCAUGUCCAUAGUUUAUGUUAUAGUAAUAGUUUUGUGUUUUCUUAGCCAAGUUUUGUACAUUUGCGGUGAGCGCCUUUUGUUUUCACAGCAGAGGUACAAAACUUGGCUAAGAAAACACAAAACUAUUACUAUGGACAUGAAACGUAAGUUUUGUUUAUUCAAGUCACAGUUAAGUGAGUUUUUUUUAGUUCAUGUUUUCAUGUCCAUAGUUUAUUUUAUAGUAAUAGUUUUGUAUUUUCUUAGCCAAGUUUUGUAAUUCUGCUGUGAGCGCCUUUUGUUUUCACAGCAGAGGUACAAAACUUGGCUAAGAAAACAGAAAACUAUUACUAUGGACAGGAAACGUACGUUUUUUGGUUUAUUCAAGUCAGAGAUUAGGUUUUUUUAUGUUUUCAUGUCCAUAGUUUACGUUAUAGUAAUAGUUUUGUGUUUUCUCAGCCAAUUUUGUACCUCUGCUGUGAGCGCCUUUUGUUUUCACAGCAGAGUUACAAAACUUGGCUAAGAAAACACAAAACUAUUACAACGGACAUGAAACGUACGUUUUUUUGUUUAUUCAAGUCACAGUUCAGUGAGUUUUUUUGUUCAUUUUUUCAUGUCCAUAGUUUACGUUAUAGUAAUAAUAAAACUAUUACUAUGGACAUGAAAACAAGAACUAAAAAACUCACUAAACUGUAACUUGAAUUUUAACCUGGACAGAGUACUCAAGAGUGUCAAGAGUGCAGAGCAUGAUUGUGAUGUCGCCAGGCUGACUGCCUGGCAACUACAGGCUUAAAUAGUGGUGACAGGAUUAACAGUCAGGUGAAAACUAAUGGGUUGUCAUGGAAACAAAACAGGAACUGACAAAAACCAAACAGAACAUGGUCCCCAAGACAUGACAAAUAUACAUUUGAAAGGCAAUUUAAAAUAAAGAAUAGUGAACAACAGGCUGAAUAAGUGUAAGUUAUAUGACACAUAAAUAACGUAACAUAUUAUGGUAAGAGUCAUUCAAAUAACUAUAAAAUAUAGAACAUGCUAUACGUUUACCAAACAAUCCGUCACUCCUAAUCGAUAAAUCCCAUGAAAUCUUACACAUAUAGUCUCUUACGUGAAUGAGCUAAAUAAUAUUAUUUGAUAUUUUACAGUAUCGUGUUAAUAAUUUCCCACAUAAGUCGCUCCUGAAUAUAAGUCGCAUCCCCGGCUAAACUAUGAAAAAAACUGCGACUUAUAGUCCGAAAAAUACGGUACUUAUUAUUGGCGGAAAUAUUUGCAUGCUUUGCUCACUUGUGCGGAAAAUAACAAAGAAAAAUGUAAUCAACCCCGUUUUGUUAAGAGCUGAAGCGGAAUAACGUCCCUUACAGUCGGAACACAACCAAAGAGAUCAGGCUCCCGACUAAACUGUUUCAAACACACCAACCGGCUUACAAUUAGUCCAUCUGACGUAUUCUGAUAUUUUUAUCCUAUGCAAAAGUUCUCACUGCUGUUGGCUGAAUUCAACGUGUCUGUAGCGCAAUAUUUCAAGGAGCAAGGUAGCGCCACUAUUGAAUACUUCAAUAAGCAACAGGAAUGAUCGACAGACCUA